UGCCCCGCCCCGCGCCGUGUCGCCGCUCUCGGUCCAGAGACCUCCGCUGGGGCCGCGCCACCGAUGGUGCUACCUGGGAGAGCAAUGGCCACUUUCCGCUUGGCCCUCAUCCAGCUUCAGGUUUCUUCCAUCAAAUCAGACAACGUCACUCGAGCCUGUGGCCUCAUCCGGGAGGCAGCAACACAAGGAGCCCAAAUCGUUUCUCUGCCAGAAUGCUUUAAUUCUCCAUAUGGCACGAAAUAUUUUCCUGAAUACGCUGAGAAAAUUCCUGGUGAAUCCACACAGAAGCUUUCUGAAGUAGCAAAGGAGUGCAGCGUAUAUCUCAUUGGAGGUUCCAUUCCUGAAGAGGAUGCUGGGAAAUUAUAUAACACCUGUGCCGUGUUUGGGCCUGAUGGCACUUUACUGGUAAAGUACAGAAAGGUAAGCAGGGAAUGUUGCAAGUCUCAUCACCUCUUGAGAAUUUGCUCUAAUGUUCCAUAGUCUCUCUCAUCAUAUUGCACACACAUGGGGCGUUAGAUGAAUU